UUAAUUCCUUUCCUCUCUCACUCUAAUUCUUAUAUUCUCACUCUCUAAUAAAGAUGUCUAAUUUUGGACACAUUUCCCAUAGUAUUAUCAUUCUUAUUCUCUUUGUAAAUGCAAGCCGCACGCUAUGCCACACCAAGGGUAUCAGACCAAAGGGCUCUUUGGGGAAGCACCUGACAACAACAAAUAUGACACAAGCCCAAUUCUCGGAACAACAAUUCAUGAAGUGGGUCAUUUUUGUUGGUAGCCUCAAGCACACCCUCUUCUCCAAUGCGAAGAACAAAAUCUUCCCUUCUUACACACUUACCGUCGAUAGAAAUCCGGUGUACGGAGACUUUACUUCCAUUCAAAAAGCUAUUGAUUCUCUCCCAUUCAUAAAUCUUGUCAGAGUAGUGAUCAAAAUUCAUUCAGGAGUUUACACGGAAAAGGUAGAUAUACCUAAAUUGAAAUCAUUCAUAACCAUACAAGGAGCAGGAGCAGAAAAGACCAUUGUUCAGUGGGGAGAUACAGCCCAAACAAUUGGAGCUAAAGGGAAGCCUAUUGGUACCUUUGCUUCUGCAACAUUUGCUGUCAAUGCCCCAUAUUUCAUUGCCAAAAACAUUACAUUUAAGAACACAACACCAGUUCCACCACCAGGAGCUAGUGGAAAGCAAGCAGUGGCAUUUAGAAUAUCAGGAGAUACAGCAGCUUUUUUAGGGUGUAGGUUCAUGGGUGCACAGGACACACUCUAUGACCAUAUGGGUAGGCAUUAUUACAAGGACUGCUACAUUGAAGGCUCUGUGGAUUUCAUCUUUGGCAAUGGUCUGUCUCUGUUUGAGGGAUGUCAUGUGCAUGCAAUAGCACAGUUAACAGGGGCACUUACAGCACAAGGAAGGAGCAGCCUAUUGGAAGACACGGGAUUCUCAUUUGUGAAUUGUAAGGUCACGGGGUCAGGUGCUCUGUACCUAGGGAGGGCAUGGGGUCCCUUCUCUAGGGUAGUCUUUGCCUAUACAUAUAUGGACAACAUUAUCAUUCCCAAAGGCUGGUACAACUGGGGUGAUCCUACUCGAGAAAUGACUGUGUUUUAUGGGCAAUACAAGUGCACGGGACCAGGUGCAAGCUUUGCAGGAAGAGUAUCAUGGUCAAGAGAACUCACGGAUGAGGAAGCCAAGCCUUUUAUUUCACUUAGCUUCGUCGAUGGCUCUGAAUGGAUCAAAUUUUAAUAAUGUCCACAAUUGUUUCUCUCUUUUUUUCUUUUUCUUUUUUAAGAAGCCCAUCUUAAUUAAAUGAUAAUAUUGAUCAAUAUGUAGUAGUCCUUAGAGUAAUUAAAUAGGAUUUGAUUCGAUCUUCAUCAUUCAUCGAUACCACAUAUCUUUGGAUGAAGGAAAGAAUUACAAGAAAUUAUGAUAUAAUAAUAAUGUGUUAUGUUUAAUUUCUUUGAUAUCUCGAGUAUAA